CAAUAUGACUCUGCCCAUCUCAUCGACGACCCCGGAAAACAGCUUGGCUUACAUCAACGGGCGAGUCUUUACGAUCAAUGGCGACGCGCCAUGGGCAGAAGCAUUCAUUGUCGAUCCAAGCGGCACCUUCACAGCCGUUGGUACUACUGGGGAGAUCGAGGGAAAAGCUCGACAUGACAAGCUUGCCAUCUAUGAUCUUCGAGGACACUUUGUCAUGCCUGGCAUCCACGAUGCUCAUGUGCACAUGCUCUUAUCCGGGAUAGCGAUGACUUCUCAAAUCAAGCUUCCAAUGGAAGGGCUCAACUCGAGAAAUGUAGCCGACGAGCUGAAGCAAGGCAGCUGCUUGUGCAAAUAUGCCCAUGUCAACCAGGACUGGCUAAUUGGAUGGACAUACCUGGUGGAGAACUUCGAUCGCAGCUCACUAGACAAGGACUAUCCAGAUAUUCCCGUUAUGAUUCGAGGGGGUGCUGGUCACAGCGCGUUUCUCAACACCGAGGCAUUGAAACGUGCCGGAUACGACAUUGAGUCCGAGCAAGACGAUCAAGGCACACGAUACAUGCGGGACAGCCAAGGCCGCUUGACGGGUGAGAUGGCUGAGAUGAGCAUGAGCAAAGUCUUGAAGAAGCUACCGCAGCCGAGUCUCUCGCAUAUCAAACGGGUGUUGAAGGAUGCCCAGCAUAUGCUUCAUCGUGCGGGGGUGACCAGCUGCCAGGAGGCCUCUGCCAAUUCGUUAAUGCUUCAUGGACUGCGUGAGCUCGAUGCCGAAGGGGCUCUGAAAGUCAACAUGUACACGCAUAUCGUGUACGCACCUGACUGGAUCGCUGAGGAAGGGACGGCGUCCCUGCAUGGCCUCAUUGAUAAUGCGGCCAGCUUCAAAUCCAGCCACGUCGAUACCCGCUUUGUCAAGAUUAUUCUUGAUGGCGUGCCGCUAGAUCCUUAUUAUACGCACGCAGGCCUCACAGAGGAUGGGACUGUUGACGCAUCAAAAUUGUUCAUCCUCAAUGUCCAUGAAGCGGUGCAACAGUACGACGCUAGGAAUAUUACCAUGAAGAUCCACUGCACAGGUCACGGCGCCACGAAGCUUGCGCUUGAUGCAUACGAAGCAGUUCGAGAGGUGAACCCAAAUGGUCCUCGGCACGAGAUUGCCCAUUGCUCAGGCGUACGCGACAAUGACUACAAGCGUUACAAACAGUUGAAUGUAACGGCCGAGAUGUCACCGGCUUUCUUCUUCGUGCAUCCUGUCACAGCUGCUAGCGGAGGCCUCAUGGAUUGGAAUUUUCCCAAAAUGCUUGAAGCAGGUGCUCAUGUCACAAUCGGAAGUGAUUGGGGGGCAGGGGAAUUGCCUGAUCUGCUGCCAUCCAUGGCCAACAUUGUCGAAUCUGUCGGUAAUGGAGAUAGAGUAAUUGGAGGAGAAAAAAUCUGCCAUAUGCUGACGCUCGCGGGUGCUGAAGCAGUCGGCAGAGAUCAAGAGUUCGGCAGCAUCGAAGUCGGAAAGAAAGCCAACUUCAUUGCGGUCAGCAAGGACUUGAGUAAAGGUGAGUUCGAGGGUGCCAGGAUCUUGACGACGUGGUUUGAGGGCGAAAUCGUGUACCAGGAUAGUUGAGCCACUCAAAUGAAUCGCCGAGAAUUCCAAAUUUCUUGACAGUAUGACCAAAUAUCACAACAGCCUUUGUCUCUCAAUCUAAGCAAAGUCAGCGUCAUCUGCAUAGCUAAUGCACCUAUCCAAGCAUGACAUUACUUCCAACCUU